AUGGGCGAAUCGAAUGGAGAUGAUGUCGUCUCACGUCAAGCUAAACUGUCCAAAGCACUCUCAGCUGCUUAUCUGAAUCAUCAAAUCUCAGAAUUAGAAUCAAAAGUGAAAGCGACGACGUUGACUCCUCCCACGCCAUUUGAUCCAAAGCAAAAUCCUCGUUCGCCUACAUUCGCCAAAGGAGAAAUCAACGGUAAUGUCGUACAUGAGAGAGACCCAAAUGAUGAUCUUGGCAGACCUGACGAUGUUGAAGAUUCCGAAGAUGUCAGUGAGGAAUGGAGAGUAGUCGUAGUUGACGUAUCAGCUCUCAUGUGGGCUAGAAAUGCUGUAAAACGAUUAGUCGGUAGAGGCUGGGAAGUCAUUGUACCUCUCGAAGCCAUUCGUAUCCUCGACCUGCUCAAGAAAGGCUCUUCCCCUUCCGCAGUUUCCGCUCGACAAGCAGCUCGUUAUAUCGAACAUGCCACUCGAUUCCACUCUUUACUGUCCACCGAUCCAUCGAUAACCGUUCAGCUGGGUACAAACUACAAGAAAGGUCGCGGAUUACGUCUUCAACGCGAAGGAGAAAGUAGACCAGUCGAUUCGAUGCUUGACGAACUUGCCCUCCCGCCAAUGGAUGGCGAUGGGACUUUACCUAUUUGGGUGAAAAAAGUAUUCAGCUGUGUAGCCUUUUACAAACGAAUCAUGGACAAAGAAUUGGAACAAUCGGAUGAAAAUGGUUUGGAAAAAGAAAGAGGACCCAUACUUUAUGUCGGAAAUCCACCAGUUUUCGUCGAAAUUGAACAGGGUCGAAAUGAACCGACACCUUCUGGAGGCGACAGACACAAAGAGGAUUUUACAGCAAGAGCAGAUGGUCAUGUCAUACUUGAAGAAGCCGCGAGAUUUGAUCUAACACUGGAAGUAUUGAGAGACGAUGAUACGGAAGUUGAAGCUUCCGGUCUGGGUAGAUCAGGACGUGGAAUUGGAAAGGGUCAAGGAAAGGGGAGAAAUAAGAACGGCAAGAGUAGAUCAGACAGGGAUGGUCAGAGAAAGAGGAAAGAACAAGAUAUUGAACCCGUAAAAGAAGUGAGGAUCUUGCUUAGAAGACCACCUUCUGUCGGAUUAAAUGACGAAUCACAUCCUUCGCCGGAAAGUGGGAUAUCUACUCUACCAACAAGUGGGAAUAGUCCUGCUAUACCUGCGCCUCGUCUGCAACCUAGAAUCGAAGCGACUCCUAUGACAACCAUGCCCGGACAUCCUCCUUCUAUGGGUAUGGGUGAUUAUCCGAGACCGCCUCCUGCAUCACACGGUUCACGGCCACCUCCACCAGGUAUGCUCCCUCCUCCACCACACGGAAUGCGACCUCCUCAUCAUCAUAUGAGACCUCCUCCUCCAGGCGGCCCACAUGGAAUGCACCCGCCUCAUCCCCACAUGCGACCACCUCCACCACCGCCUGGCGGUCUGCACGGGAUGCGCCCACACCUACGAGGCACAGCGCAUCAUCACGAUCACCCUCAUCAUCCACCACCAUUUGUUGAACCUCAUGGACGCGGUCGAACUGGCGGUGGAAGAGGCGGGAGAGAUCGAAGAGGACCAAAGCAAAGCAAUAGCAACGAAUUUGUCCUUCUCCAAAGACCAGAAUCACUCGUUCGACCACCAAUAAACCCUGGGUCAAUGGCAAGAAUCGAUGGACCAGCUCCUUCAGAAGAUCGCAGGAAUGGCGAUAGAAUUAAAGGCACCAGAAGGGAAGAACCGAAAGUCAUUCUAUUGAAAAGACCUGGAUGA